GUGACGCGGACGAGGAGGCGGACGUGGAUUUUGGGACGCUAUCUAGUAAAUUUUCUUCCAGAAAGCAUUAUCACAAAACCACGUCGCACUUUCAGAAUUUACGGCUUCGAGAAGAGGGGGAGGAGGAAGAAGAAGGGAAACCUCGGCGUGGGCCCAAGAACACACCGUACUGGUACUUCUUAAAAUGCAAGGCCCUCAUUAAACAGGACAAGCUGGCAGAGGCUCUGGAGCUGUUUGAGGUGCAGAUGCUGAAGGAAGAACGUGUCCAGCCAGAAGAAAGCAACUACACGGUUCUAAUAGGUGGCUGUGGCAGGGUUGGCUACGUGAAAAAGGCAUUCAGGCUCUACAAUGAUAUGAAAAAACGAGGCUUACUCCCCACUGAUGCCACUUACACAGCCCUGUUCAAUGCCUGUGCUGAAUCACCAUGGAAGGACUCAGGUCUGCAGAGUGCUCUCAAGUUACGGCAGCAACUAAAGAGCAAAAAUCAAGAGCUGAACCUGAUAACUUACCAUGCUCUGCUGAAAGUGUGCGCCUUGUGCUCAGAUCUCAGGAUGUGCUUUGAUGUACUGAAGGAAAUUGUGCACAAGGGUCACGUUGUCACAGCUGAAACCUUCAGCUUCCUUCUCAUGGGCUGCAUAAAGGACAAAGACAAUGGCUUCCGCUAUGCCUUGCAGGUUUGGAAACAAAUGACUAGACUUGGGAUAAAGGCCGAUAGCCACACUUACAAUCUGAUGCUCCGUGCUGCAAGAGACUGUGGAAUAGGCGAUCCAGUUUUGGCUUCUCAAGUACUGCUAGGACCCACUGAAGAGAAUUCAUCUCAGCUAAGGCUUGCACCCAGUAGGCAGAAACAAAAGGCGAGAAGUCAGAGGAAGAAGGGAUCAGAGAGUGCAGCUGCUGUCCAGCUGGAUGUGGAAGCCAUGGAAAAGCAACUGUUUCAGGAGAACUCUGUGCAGCCUGCACAACAGAUCAAGCAACAAAACACAGAUGUGAACUGGGCUGAAACAGAACCAAUACUGGCUGGUCUUGCCAGUGCUAACAUAGCUCACAGCGGGACUGGAGCGUUGAUGAGGACAGACCAGACUGAGACAGAGCAGGAACAAGCAAGCCAAAGCCAGAACCUGCAUUUCUGCAACCUGCCUAACUUACUGGAUUCCAAGAUGCCCGAUGUGGCCACGGUUUCCUUGGGGACAGUAGCCACACCAUCUGAUAGACUGGUUUUGAUGGGGGAUGUGGAGGGCUUCUUGAAUAAAAUGAAAGAGGAUGACGCAGAACCCAACAUUAAAACUUUCACAUUACUGGCUGAGCUGGUGGAACCCCAAAGCCCAUCAGAGUCCUCUCUGUUGGCAAUCCUCAAUGAGCAUAAAGUGAAAGUAGAUGUGACUUUCUUUAACACUUUAAUAAGAAAGAAAAGUAAACAGGGAGACCUUGAAGGAGCAAAGGGCCUGCUGCCAGCUCUAGCGAAGAGAGGAAUAUCGCCUAACCUCCAGACGUUUUGUAACUUAGCAAUUGCUUGCCACCGAGAGAAGGAUGGACUGCAGUUACUCUCAGAUUUGACGAGGUCUGGAGUGACUCCCAACAAAUAUAUCUACAGCACGCUUAUUGCUGCCGCUGUGAGGCAGCUGGACUACCGUUACCUCAUAGAGAUCCUGCGAGACAUGAGGAACAACCAAGUACCCCCCAAUGAAGUUAUCAUAAGCCAGCUGGAAUUUGCAGCACAGUACCCUCCUAAUUUUGACAAGUAUAAGUCAAAGAACACAUACCUGGAAAAAAUUGAUGGUUUCCGUGGCUACUACUAUCGGUGGUUAAAAGUAAUGGCAGGAGAGGAGACUCCCCACCCCUGGGAGAAAUACAGAACAGCUAAACGUUCAGAAAAUGGAAAGAAGGAAGAGGAUGUGCAGGUGCAGGGCCAGCAAGGACAGAAGUUACAGUAAUCAGGAUACUCCAUAUGAUAGCUGAAGUCUUGCAUAUUCCAUGUGCUAGAAGAACUUGGCCUUUCUCCUUAAACUGCCUUGUAGUAAAGCAGCUUUAUAUUUCCAUGAA